GGGACCCUGCAGACCCGGGGCCGCCAUGGAGCACAUCCGCACGCCCAAGGUUGAAAAUGUCCGCUUGGUCGAUCGAAUGUCCUGUAAGAAGGCAGCGCUGGGGACUUUGUAUUUGACGGCGACUCACGUCAUAUUCGUGGAAAAUGCACCCGACACAAGGAAAGAAACCUGGAUUCUUCACAGUCAGAUCUCCACCAUAGAAAAGCAGGCGACGACAGCUACUGGCUGUCCUCUGCUUAUUCGCUGCAAGAACUUUCAGAUUGUCCAGCUUGUCAUACCGCAGGAGAGAGACUGCCAUGACGUGUACAUCUCCCUGAUACGCCUUGCACGGCCAGUGAAAUACGAGGAGUUAUACUGCUUUUCCUUCAAUCCCAAGCUGGAUAAGGAAGAAAGAGAACAGGGCUGGUUGCUGAUUGAUCUCAGUGAAGAAUACAAGAGAAUGGGCCUCCCUGAUACCUACUGGCAGCUCAGCGAUGUGAACAGAGACUACAGAGUUUGUGACUCUUACCCCACGGAACUGUAUGUCCCCAAAUCAGCCACAGCACACAUCAUCGUGGGCAGUUCCAAGUUCCGGAGCAGACGACGAUUUCCUGCCCUUUCUUACUACUGUAAAGAAAGCCAUGCCUCCAUCUGCAGGAGCAGCCAGCCCCUUUCUGGCUUCAGCGCUCGGUGUCUGGAGGAUGAACAGAUGCUCCAAGCCAUCAGGAAAGCCAAUCCUGGAAGUGACUUCAUUUAUGUCGUGGACACGCGGCCUAAACUUAAUGCAAUGGCCAAUCGUGCUGCAGGGAAAGGCUAUGAGAACGAAGACAAUUAUUCCAAUAUCAAGUUUCAGUUUAUCGGGAUAGAGAACAUCCAUGUCAUGAGGAACAGUCUUCAGAAAAUGCUGGAAGUGUGUGAACUUAAAUCGCCCUCUAUGAGUGACUUCCUGUGGGGGCUAGAGAACUCAGGCUGGCUAAGGCACAUCAAAGCCAUCAUGGAUGCAGGAGUCUUCAUUGCAAAGGCAGUUUCAGAAGAAGGGGCCAGUGUGCUUGUGCACUGUUCUGACGGCUGGGACAGGACGGCCCAGGUGUGCUCGGUGGCAAGCCUGCUGCUGGACCCUUACUACCGGACUGUGAAGGGCUUCAUGGUAUUAAUUGAAAAGGACUGGAUUGCCUUUGGACAUAAAUUUAAUCAUAGAUAUGGCAAUUUAGAUGGUGACCCGAAAGAAAUCUCUCCAGUCAUCGACCAGUUCAUUGAGUGCGUCUGGCAGUUAACGGAGCAGUUCCCUUGCGCCUUUGAGUUCAACGAGAGGUUUCUGAUUCACAUUCAGCAUCAUGUUUACUCCUGUCAGUUUGGAAACUUCCUGUGUAAUAGCCAGAAGGAGAGGAGAGAACUCAAGAUUCAAGAAAGAACCUACUCUUUGUGGUCACACCUGUGGAAGAAUCGGGCUGACUACCUCAAUCCUCUGUUUAGAGCUGACCAUAGUCAGACCCAGGGGAGCCUUCAUCUGCCUACAGCUCCAUGCAACUUCACAUACAAGUUUUGGAGUGGGAUGUAUAACCGCUUUGAAAAGGGGAUGCAGCCUCGACAGUCUGUUACAGAUUACCUCAUGGCCGUGAAGGAGGAGUCCCAGCAGCUGGAGGAAGAACUGGAGGCCCUGGAAGGGAGGCUGGAAAAAAUUCAGAAAGUCCACUUCAAUGGCACCAAAGUGAAGAGUAAGCCAAGCGAGCCCAGCAAACACUCAGGAUUUUCUACCUCAGACAACAGCACGGCCAACACUCCUCAGGAUUACAGUGGGAACAUGAAGUCCUUCCCAUCCAGGAGCCCUUCCCAGGGCGAUGAAGAUUCUGCUCUGAUUCUAACCCAGGACAAUUUGAAAAGCUCAGAUCCCGAUCUGUCAGUGAAUAGCGAUCAAGAGUCUGGGGUGGAGGAUUUGAGCUGCCGGUCUCCAAGUGGUGGUGAGCAUGCGCCCAGCGAAGACAGUGGCAAGGACCGGGACUCUGACGAAGCUGUGUUUCUCACUGCCUGAAGUUCCCUUUGGAGUUCCAAAGUAAAAGACACAGAACCACUUCCAAAUUAAGGGGACAGUGCAAUUCAUAAUAAAAAUAUCUUGAGAAAUGGCACGUUCCAUCCAGAACCAUAAAAUACAGCUAUGAAAAUGAAAAAAGAAAAAGAGAAUACAGUCUCUCAAUAGCCAGUUCUUUCAUCAACUUGUAAUGAAGACUGUUCAGCAUUCCUGAGGCUCAUGUUGGACUGUGAAAGUGAUAUUCACUAUGAAGAAACAAACCAUCAUCUCCUGAGGUGGUCCAUACAUGUCUUCCCUGACACAGCAUGGCUCUACUUAGAAAGCCUUCCUCUCCUUCCCUCCACCUGUUAACGGCUUAGAAUUUCAUUUCACUUCCAAAUACAGUUUGUUUUCUGAAA